AGUUCAUUUCCGGUUAAUUUUCCAAGAUGGCGGAAAGCCUAGUGUAGACAGUGCUGCCAGUCUACAGAGCGGAUAACGUGAGCAGGCGGAUUGCGGAGCCUGGGAUUAGCAGGAUCAGAGCCCCAGGUAAAGCAUACCCAUUACUGCCCACCUGGGCUGUUUGUCAAUAUUGGCACCUUUCAACAAGCAUAGCUUUAUUGACAAUAUUGUCACAAAGGGCUGCUGGUUCUGUUAGCCCAGUGACAGCCAGGGUUCUGGUCCCUGCUGGUUGGAAGGAGGGUUGGGAUCUAUUAAUGUCAUCAUCUUGGGCAGGGGUCCUCAAACUCCGGGCCCCCACAUGUUGCUGAACUACAACUCCCAUGAUUCUCUGGCUAUCUAUGUCAUUCAAAGAAUCAUGGGAGUUGUAGUUCAGCAACAUCUGGAGGGCCACCGUGUGAGGACCCCUGAUCUUGGGUCUCAAAGCCAUGUAGGGUGGAGAAUGUAUCACUUACUUGUUUUUAAAUGUCACAAUGUAUUUCAUGUUUUACAUGUUUAAUCAGACAGCCCCGCUUGGUCAUUUUAAUUUUGGGUUUAUUAGGGGUUUGAUUUUACAUCACUUCCAAUAGGCACCAGAAAAAUCUGCAUGUGUGUAGUUUUUUAUUUUUUUUUUUAUUUUAUUUUUUUCCUGUGUACAGAAUGAAAGACAACGAAAAAUACAUUUUUCUUUUUGUUUAGGUGCAUUGCUAACCCCCCAUUCACAAAGCAUGGUAGGGUUAAGAGUCUGGUUUUAUUCAAAAUGAAUAUGUCAUUAGUAGUAAUAUAUGAAAUAGCUAGUAACCCGUUGGCUUACUGUGAUGUGUGUGUGUGUGUAUAUUAGGCUAUGAGGACACCGCAAGCAUCUUAAGCAUUACAGUGUGUAGACUUGUAGUGGUUAUGGUGCAAGGACUCUGUAGGUGAAAUUCCAUUGUACCAAAAGGACACUCUCUUAGCAUUUUUCCAGAGCUGAUGCAGAUACAGAUUAUCGGUCGCCUUUCUGGGUGAUUGCCGUUUAUUCUGUACAUGUACAAUUUUGGGAUUUAACUAUAACUAGGACAAUUACGAGAAAAUUUACAGGAAUGAUAGGUUGAAGAGGGCCCUGCUCAAACGAGCUUACAGUCUAUAGGAGUGUGAUUGCUGUCGGCUGUUUUACUCCUAUCAUUCUCAGUCAGCCAGCCCAGUACAUUAAAGUAGAUUAUUCACUGUCUCAUCUCCUUGCUUUCUGCUGAGCUUUACAUGCGGUAACUCACAGUAAGGGGUGAUGUGAGGUCACAGCGUAUGGCUUCACUGGCUGGCUGCUGGAGUUUCCACAUGUGGAUGGGAGGGGUGAGUAAGUUAUCUGGUCAAAUAUAUGCGGAAUAUCGGGUCUAAUAAUCGGCAGAACCGAUAAUCUGACUAUCCUUCGUACAAAUUACUUUGAUUUGGCCUCGCCAAACAGUUAUUAACACAGAUUUCUGUAUUGUUUCUACAGGACCAAAAAGUUUAAUAGGAGCAGAGUCACUUAGAGAAGUUGAUAUCAUAUGACUAUUGGUGCUAGGGCAGUCUCCAUUUUUAGUUAAACCGCUUGAAAAUAGUUUGACAAAGCAAUAGCACAUGCUACCUACCUUAGAGUCCUUGCAUAGUUACUACAAUAAGCUGCAACACUUAUGGUGCUUGGAGUGUCUAGUGAAAAGUUGCACCCCUACCACUGAAACAGGUAAAACAAAUUAAGAAUUUUGCAUUAUUGCAAAUUGCAAUAUACUUGAGCUUUUUGAGUUUCCUUUCAUUGGUGAAAGUAGCUUGCAGAGUUUUCAAUCAAGCAGCACAGAACACUUAAUUCCAGAUUUACCAGUGUUCUCUUGUCCCUGUCUCUCCUUCUUGUAAAGUGACAGCUGAUCUGCAGAUAUGCGUGAGCUAUAGCUUUUCCGGUACUAAACCAAAGCUCGGGUUACUAAAUGGUGGAUCAGGCUGUAUAUAAGCUGAGAGUAGAGGUAUGACUUCUAUCCAUUUUAAUUGAGCAGUUCUAAUCACCCUGUGUGAUGAUUGGAACUACUCUUUGGGACAAAACUACCAGUGCUUAUCCCAUAAUAUCCUUGUUGUGCAGUGGAUUUUUGUAUAAUGUCUAUCACCAUAGAACAAGAUGGAGCAAGCAUCUUAUCCUCUGGGGGGAGGGGGGUCUCAAUUUUACUUUGAUAAUUACAUUAGUUAGUGGUAAAGGUAAUUAAGAAAAAAGGGUGGGAUAUAUUAGGCAGUGAGUGAAUAGUCAGUUCUUGAAUUUCAUGUGUUGGAAGCAAAAUAAAAAUGGGCAAGAUCUGAGUGACUUUCACAAGGGCCAAAUAAAGAUGGCUAGACGACUGUGUCAGAGCGUCUCCAAAACCGCGUGUCUUGUGGGUUGUUAAUGAUAUGCAGUGGUUAGUACCUACCAAAAGUGGUGAAAAGAAGGACAGCCAGUGUCAGGAUCAUUUGCACCCAGGGCUCAUUGAAACAUUUGAGAAGGAAAGGCUAGUCCGUCUGGUUUGAUCAAACAGAAGAGCUACAGUUGCUUUAAAUUGCUGAAAAACGUAAUGCUGUCCAUGAUAGAAAGAUGUAGAGCAUCCCAGUUUGCUGCUUUUGGGGUUGCGUAGCCGCAGACCGGUCAGAGUGCCCAUAAUGACCCCUGUACACUACGGAAAGUGCCUACAAUAUGGAUGUGAGCAUUUGCACUGAACCAUGGAGCAAUGGAAGAAGGUUGCCUGUUUUUGAGUCACGAUUUCUUUUAUUUAUGGCAAUAGUGGUCCCUGAUGUUAAUGCUCCCUGCUACACUGCAAAAAAAUGUUUGGGAAUAGUUUGAGGAACAUGACAAAGAGUUCAAGGUGUUGCCUUGGUCUCCAAAUUCCCCAGAUCUCAAUCCAGCUGACCAUCUGUUGGAACAACAAAUCCGAUUCAUGGAGGCUCAACCUCACAACUUGCAGGACUUCUGGUGAACCUGCAAACUGUAGAGAUUUCUAUCAAAGUAAUGGUCUAUUUUGGUUUUAUAAUUUAAAUUGAAGUAAAUGUUCUGCUUUUUUAAUGCUAUAUAUAAUUAUAAAAAUGAAUCUGCACCAGCCUAUGAUGUUAUUUAAAGGUAAAAUUCAUCAACUAAACAAAAAAAAUUUGGAAUAUUUUCAAAUAAAACGCUACAGCUUUUCUAACUUUGUAAACGGACAGGGGAAUUGAGACACAUGAGGGGGCGGGUGGCUUGGGGAAAUGAGACACGUGGGGGGGGCUGGGUGAAAUGAGACACGUGGAAGGUUCUGUUUAAUACUCCAAUAAAUUUUAACAUGAGGCUCUUUGACAUAAAGUUUGACAACCCUGACAUAUAAAGUGCAUUUGGUGAUUUGGACUUUACAUUCCAUUGAAUUGUAGAUACAAUUAAUUCAUUAUACGUUUUCUUCGCUUUUCCAAUAUUAACAGAACUUUUUUUUUAUAUUGUAGAGUUGUAUCUAAAGAACACAGAAUGGCAGCAAUGGCUGCAGUGACCAUGAAGAGAGAGGGCCCUCAGUUUAUCAGCGAAGUUGCAGUGAGAGGGAAUGCUGCAGUCCUUGACUAUUGCCGAACAUCUGUAUCUGCCCUGUCUGGGGCCACAGCUGGGAUCCUUGGCUUAACCGGCCUAUAUGGCUUCAUCUUUUAUUUCCUGGCUUCAUUCCUACUUUCCUUGCUCUUGGUAUUAAAAUCUGGUAGACGGUGGAGCAAAUAUUUUAAAUCAAGGAGGCCAUUUUUCACAGGGGGUCUUAUCGGAGGCCUGUUCACAUAUGUCCUAUUUUGGACCUUUCUCUAUGGCAUGGUGCACGUCUACUGAAUCUACCAUCAUCGUGGCACAGUCCCUUGGAAAUACACUUUUUAAUGGAAUUGGAGAACUCCUACCCCACGGUUCAUUUGAAGUUAUAACUAGUUUUUUAAAUUAAAGUAAAAUAUUGCUUGGUCUCUGCUAGUAACUUAUAUUGUUCACAUCCCUGUUAUGAUUUCUUUAAUUAAAUACAUUCUAACCCUCUAGAUGUCUUGUAUCUUGUCAUUUAUAAUUCUCGAUCGAUGUUGGAAGCAUUCUAAAAUACUGAUCGGAGUGUGAGGAGAAGGUCGUUGUAACAAACAUACCGGUUGAUUGCUCUCUUAAUUUAUACAUAUUCAGUUGUGUUUAUCUCCAUAUUCUGAAUAUAUCAAAUCCAGUAUAACUGAAUAUUUCAAAUC